AUGUCGGCAAUGAUCUCUAUUGUUUGUGUUCUUUUGGCAGUCUCCACGUCUUGCAUGCCCUGGCUUGCAUGUGCAGAAGAGGAGCACAAGCCACAAUGGCUCUCGUCUCCGCUGGGGAUGCGGCGUCCACAGGGUCAAUCGAAUGAAUUCACGGUUGCUUCACCCAAAGAAUGGUCUGAGAGUUCUGACGCCAGAAAGAAAGAGUGUAACCAUGAGGCGCAUCUCUGUGUGGGACCCAGCCAUGAUCACUAUCCCCUUGGGCAUGAACCAGGCGUUCUCUUCACUGCUCGUUUUCGAGUGCCACCUCUACCAAAGUCCUACAAUAGCCAGACCAUGACCUACUAUGAUUACUUCAACAUCUUUUGGAGGCAACAACCAAAGGGAGGAUUUAUGAAUCAGUUCGUUCCGCAGCUCAUGUUGGGAAAUGUGCUUGCAAAUUCGUCCAACUAUCCCGACUAUGAACCAAAGUGGCUGGUCCUGGAUGAAUGGCAUAUUGGAGCUCAAUACUUCUUUGCCCUGCCAUGCAACACUACUUCGGAAGUUGCACCGUCAGAUCAAAACGCUAGUGUGAAAAGGAAACCUUGUUGGAAACCCAAGGCUGCCACUGGCAAACUCAUUCCUGUCAAACCAGGGGAGCUUGUAGAGACAACAUUCACACUCGUUCAAGUAACGAAUGUCGAUGAUUGGGAAUGGCAUCUUCAGAUGGGUGUUGUUGGAGCUCAUCCCAAUCGGUGGUCACUAGUUGUGUCGAGGGUGCCCUUUAUGGGAUUGGUCAAAAAUACGAAAUGGCAAGAUGACAAUUAUCAAAACGUCACUGUGGGCUCCUGUUUGGAAAACUACAAUAUGUAUGUAGCCAACAAUUACCCUUCCACAUGGCAGAUAUCCAUGGAUGUCAUUGCUCCAGCCGGUGAGUCAAGAAGAGUGUCAUGGGAUGAUUGGAGAUUGGCCGGUGAUGAGCACUGCUCUUGGCAACCCAAGACAACGCUUGCCAGCGUCGAUGGAUCCAGCUGGCAGAGGGUCAUUUGGAACGCUACCCUGACGAGGUCAGACCACGCACAGCAAUAG